AUGCCCACUGUUACCGUGCACGGGUUCAUCCUCACCGUCGCCGCCGUGGCCGGAGUUCACAUCUCGCCGCGCCUGGCAUACCGCGCCGAGCAUGUGCACACGCGCGGCAGAAUUCCCAGCGCCUCUGCGCUUCCGGCCGGGCGUUACGUCGGGUGCGCCGCUGGUCGCCGCUCUGCUCCGCCAGUCCUCUUCUUCGACCAGUACGAUAAGGACGCGAUGCGCCUCAUCAUGGACGCGCAGACCGAGGCGCGCCAGCUCGGCGUCGAGGCCAUCGGCACCGACCACCUGCUCCUCUCGGCGACGCUGCAGCGCGAUGGUGUCGCCGCGGCGCUCAAGCGGUCGGGCGUGGAGACCAAGGCGGUGCGCGACGAGCUGGCGCGCGCGGCGGGCGGCGGCGUGAGCGCGGGCAAUCCCCUCGAGAAGCUCUUCGCCUCCACCGCCAAGGACGAGCUCCUGCCCUUUGCGUCGGACACCGAGCGGUCGCUGCGCGCGGCGCUAGAUGACGCAAAGGGGCGCGGCGCAGAGCUGGUCUCGCCAAAGGGGCUGAUGCUGAGUGCGGUCGCGGAGGGCGCGUCGGACGGCGGCUCCGCCGCCGCGCUGCUCGCCAGCCUCGGCGUCGACGUCGCCGCGGUGGUGAAGGAGCUCAAGCGCAGCGACGCCGAGGCGGUUGGCGCGGGCGGAGAGCGGCGCAAGGGAGGCAACUCAACCCUCGAGCAGUGCUCGGUCGACCUGACGCAGCGGGCGCGGGAAGGGAAGCUCGACCCGUGCGUCGGGCGCGCCGACGAGGUGCGCCGCUGCAUGAAGAUCCUCGUCCGCCGCCGCAAGUCGAACCCGGUGCUGAUUGGAGACCCGGGCGUCGGCAAGACUGCGAUCCCCGAGGGCAUCGCGCAGCGCAUCGUGGACGGCGACGCCCCGGAGCGGCUGCUCGGGAUGCGCGUGCUCUCGCUCGAGCUCGGCCUGCUCGUCGCCGACACGAAGUACCGCGGCGAGUUUGAGGAGCGGCUCGAGUCGGCGACCUCCCGCGAGCGGCUCAAGUCGGUGAUUGAGGAGGUGACGCAGUCCAACGAGACGGUGCUCUUCAUCGACGAGAUCCACACACUCGUCGGCGCGGGCGCCGCCGAGGGGGCCAUCGACGCGGCCAACUUGCUCAAGCCCGCACUCGCGCGCGGCGAGCUGCAGUGCAUCGGCGCGACCACGAUCGCCGAGUACCGCAAGUACAUCGAGAAGGACGCCGCGCUCGAGCGGCGCUUCCAGGCGGUCAAAGUGGACGAGCCGUCCGUCGCCGAGACGGCCUCCAUACUGACCGGUCUGAGGCCAAAGUACGAGGAGUACCACGGCGUCAAGUACAGCGACGGGGCGAUCGCCGCCGCGGCAGAGCUCGGCGCCAGGUACAUCUCGGACCGCUUCAACCCUGACAAGGCGAUCGACCUGAUCGACGAGGCCGGCGCGGCGCUGCAGAUGGAGGCGUACGACGGGGGCGGCGCCGCCGGCGCGACCGUCGGCGAGGCGGAGAUCGCCGAGGUCGUCGCCGACUGGACGGGGAUCCCGGUCACCAAGCUGACGGCCGACGAGCGCAAGGAGAGAUGA